UGUUGAUUUAUUACCAAAUCAAACAUGGCGGAAGGUGUAUUCUGGAGUACAAGAAAAAUGCUUGCCUUUCUAGUCUUUUUACUUACAAGGUGAUCGAACAGUUGUUUUAUCCUGAAAAGUAACUCAAAGCAAUGGGAAAUGCUCCCAGUAGUGAGCAAGAGGUCAAUGUACCUGCAAGAACAACAAAAACAAGUUCUGCGCUCUCUCAAGAAGCUCGUACAAAGUUCCAAAACUGGCUGGAAAAAUUUCCUUUUGACCUAAAAUCCCCCCAAAUUCAAAGCGUAUUGAAUGCUUCCAGAGUAUUAGAUGUAGAAAGCUCUAAGGUUUUAUUACGAAAAGGUGAAAUUCCCGCUGGAUUGUAUGUUGUUGUGUCAGGAAAGUUCGAAGUUCUCAGUGAAGGAGAGAAUUUCGUUCUGAGAGAGAUUGGCGAAGGAGAUUGCUUUGGGGAAGUUUCUGUUAUGUACAACACAAAGUGCACAGCUACUGUUCGUGCAAUAUCAAGAUCCACUGUAAUCCAACUCAAAACAGAAGAUGCAAGAAGGCUUUUCACUCUUCCACCUAAAAUACCACAAAGAGAAUGGUUUAUUCAAAGAAAAUACAUCGAUUCGAGUGGCCUAUUUGAAGGCUCUGGUCUUAGCAAAGACAUAGCACUCAAAGUUUUGACAAAGGCUCCAGUAUUUCAAGGAUGGAAUGAGAAUACAUUAAAAGAAAUUGUUAAAUCAUUAAAAGAAAGGCCAAUAACAUUAUACCCAGCAGGCAGUGUUAUAUUCCUACAAGGUUUUACUGGCAGUGAAAUGUAUAUCCUUCUUCAUGGAAGAGUACAGUUUUCAACGAAGGACCAAGAGCUUGCUGUUUUUGAUGCUGGUGAAAAUGGCUUUUGCUUUGGUGAAGAAGGUUUGUUUGCAAAGACUAAGAGAAGAUCUAAUGUCAGAACAUUGUCACCUUGUCAGAUUAUCCAAUUGACAGCCGAAAAUUUUCAUGGUGCUCUUGACAAGAAUCCUGCAGAUAAAAUGCUAUUGCAGUUGACUCAUCAAAAGUGGAAGGAACAUAUCACCAAACGAAACAACCAACUUUAUGAAGAGUUUGGUGGUGCUCUUGAUAUGGAGAUUUUAAGAAUGGCUCUCAAGCAGACAAAGUAUUUUAGCAGCUGUCCAUCAGGGUUCGUGUACAUUAUAGCUCUAUCAAUAACAGUCAAAGCUGUACAGGAAGAACAAGCAAUUUUGUCUCACAAACAAUAUUCUGAAGGUCACUGGUUGUUCUUAGUUUUGAAAGGCAGUGCAAUAUUAGUUAAUGAUGAAGACAACACUGAGCAACUACUUGAUGUUGAGCAAAUCUUUUGUAAAACAUCCUUAUCACCAGCAAAUGCAUGGGUGAAAGCUAAUGAAGUAUCUGUUGUGGCUGUAUUCCCAUGGUCUGCAGUAACAGAAGCUCAAGAUGUCUUCCCAGAUGUAACACUUGAACAAUGAUACAUUGGGCUUCCUGUGUAGCUUAGUAUCAGUGAUACUGGUACUUAGUUCUUUCAAGGACUAGUGCCUUCACCACAGUAAACCCACAAAAAGUCAGGUUACAAGUACUAAAGAUUAGUUUAGAAAAAAAUAAGAUUAUGAAUGUAACUUAUAAAAAAGUCAUAUUUAUUUGUAAAAUUCUUUAUAACUUUAUUCGGUGAAAGUUCCCUCAAAGAAAUAAAAAAAUAUUUCAAAAACA